CAGUGUUAAUGUAUUGAAAGUAAAUUUUUCCCUUAAAAUGCUGUGAUAUCUCACAGUUUUAUUGUCAUGGUGCCACAAUGUCACAUUUGUAAAUAACAUGAAAAAAUCAAGAAACUCUGCACUGCUGGCCUUAAAAGAAAUCAUUUCUUUAAGUAGCUCAUUUAAAAGAAAGCAUCCGGGAAACUGAAAGGCUGCACCAUCUCCCUUCUGUCAUUAUUUCAAGUUGCUUUUGUGAGCAAAGCUUGUCUUACCUAGCAACAGUUGCUAAGUAAGCUAACAACUUGAUGUUAGAGUCUGGGAGGGAGUAAUUUCUUAAAUCUUCUCAAAUCCAGGACGCAUAGCUUAUGUGGCAGAGGCUUUUAAUGCCAUUCUUUAACAUUAGGCACAUGACCACUACCUAAUCAUGGCAAAUUAUUUCAUCCCUACAGCAUCUAGCACUGUCCUAAAACCUUGAAUCUCUUUUAGCUUAAACUUCCAGCUUUUCUUAAAACUGCCUUUUCUGAUCCUAAGAAUAUUUUAACUGUACAUAGUAGAAGAAAUCCUAAAUUUAACUAUGAUCAGAAAUCCAAAUUAUACGAACUUUGUUUGCUGUGCUGUUUGUAAUAAAAUAAUUCCACCAGCUCCUGUUGGGGAAACCUUCAAACGGAUCCAUGAAUACAAGCCAUUUAAGACACGCUUUUACACUCACAAAGAUAUACUGGAUAUUGGGGCAAGUAUUCAGAGUCAAGAAGAGAAAUUUCACGAGGCUGUACUCAAAGAACAUAUUGCAAAAGCUAAAGCUGAAGUAUGGGAUCAGGCUAAAGAACUCCAAAAACAAGCAGUGGAAAAAGCACUUGAAGAAGCAAAUGACAAACAUAAAAUUCAGCUUCAGAUUCUGGAAGAAGAACAUCAGAAAGAUUUACAGGAAGCAGCCAUUCAAGCCAAGAAAGAGAUGCAUCAAAACAUGCAAGAAGAAAUGAGGAGAGAAAACUUGGCUGCAGAACAACGCAUGGUCCAUAGAAUCCAAAGGAUUAUGAUAGAGUGCCACAAGGAGAAGGUCCAGGCUGUGGAGGAAGCCAGGGCUGAGGAACGGCGGAUUGCCCAGGAGGAAAUCCAGGCCCAGAAAAGCAAGGCCGUAGAUGAACUUAUGGUGGCUGGUGUUAUGGUUAUGAAGGACCAGAGGAGGAUUGUGAGUCAGAUGAUAAAGGAAAAAGAACAUGAAAUGAACAUCUACUAUGGCAUGGCUCAGAGGCAGAGGCAAGAAGAGGUUCAGGAAGUACUCCAAGAAGCAGAGAAAACACAUCAGGCUACACUUGGCAAUGUGAUGGAUAAGCUGGUUAACACUCAAGGGGACCUACUGUCCAUGGCACAACAACUGGGAAUCAUGACAAAUUGGAAAGAUUUCCUGGAAGAGGAAUUACAGGAAACCAGGGCAGUAUUUCAAAAAUACAUCAAUUAUACUUUUCCUUCACUUUCGCCAGGACAUGCUGAUUUUAUUCUGCCAGAAAGAAAGAAAACUCCUUCCAACCUUGUUACUAAUGAGAAGUAGGGAGCAACUCUUGAAUAGAAAUCUUCAACUGAAACUUCACUACAAAAGCCAUCAUUCUAGAGACCAAAUAAAUUCACUCAAAUACAUUUCAUGGGUCCCCAGUUCUGUGUAAGGUACUAUUGAGUUGUUUGGUGGAAAACCAAAGUAUCUUAAAGCACAUCCCAGGCUACAUUGAGCUCCAAGUCUACUUGUAGAGAGAAAGUGUGAGAACUCAAAACUGAUUAGGAGGGGAAAAGAUUGGAGGAGAUCUAAACACACUUCUGUAUCUGGCUUUAUUAAUUUCUAUAUCAAACAUGUAAAAAUUUUAGUAUUUAUUGCACUUGAAAGUAAGUCAAGGGACAUGUUUUCAGAUUGUUUCCAUUGUGACAAGAUGUACUAACUUCUAGUAUAGUGAUUAUUUAUUUAGUGUACUGUAAUAGCAUUGGAGAAAAAACUUCCCUCAAAUUCAGUAUGAUUAAAUUUAAUUUCUGAAACCCCCAUAUUAGAUAAUUCAGAAAGAACCCCCUUAUAUUUGCCAGUUGUGAAAGAAAAGUUGUUUUCAGAUUUCAGGUGCUCUGUUCCCAGGAAUAGAGUAUCCUCUUGUGUUUAUAUCCAAACCCAUCUGCUUUGAACUUGUCUUCUUUGGGUCACAAUGCAGCAGACAUUUAGGUAUGCAAUGCUCAGUGCCAAAACAUGCCAGCAUCUACUAAAUUAACAUUGAAGAAAAUCCAAGCCACAGAGACUUCUCCAAAGAUAUUCACAUGUCUGAAGCACUUUAAAAACAUUAUAUAUAAGCCUCACAAGAACUUUAAAAAAUAAUCACUAUUAUACCAAAUUACAGAAAGGGAGAAUAAGGUUCACAAAGAUUAAAUAAUUUUCCCCAGCUACUAACAUAGCCAAAAUUAACAUAGUCAACAUGGGACAUGACUCCCAGAGAUGAUCCUGGCCCUGGCAUUGUGGGAUUGAGAACGCCUUCUUGGAUCAAAAGAGGGAAGAGAAAUGAAACAAAAUAAAGUUUCAGUAUAU